UAUGCCCAAAUCACUGUAAACAGGAGUGUUAUGUGUUUGCAGGGUGUUAGAUGAGGUUGAUUUUAAGUAGAUAAGCUGCCCACCCACUAAAUUUACGUGUAGUAGAUACUGUUCCAUAGAAAUAUCUAUUCAAAUAGCGUGAUGGGCGAAGAGGAAGAUGGAAGGCCACCCGGGCCUCCCGGGCCUUCUACAUCGACCCAGGGAUAUCAUGGUACUGGACUUCCAUAUGGCCCGCCAUAUAUGAUGCCUACAUAUCCAAAUCCAUAUCCGUAUACUUGGGGUAGCCAGCAUUUCGCCAUGCCACCCUUUGGGCCAACCAUGCCAUACCCUAUGUCGAGAAAUCUGGAUGAGCUGAGAGAAGGUGAAGAUACAACCCAGCGGGAGAUGCCGCAUGAUGAACCAACAAUGCGAAAUCCAAAUUUCCCAAGUGGCUCAUCAUCUAUGCAAUUUAGUGUUGAAAGUGAAGAGAAUGUAACCCGGGAAACUUCACCCGUCAUAAACUUGGAAUCCCCAAAUGCGGAGGAGAUGUUUGAAGAUUCAGACGAAGAUAAUAAAGUUGAGCCUCCGAAAGCUGGUAUGAAAUUUGGGUCUGAUAAAGAGGUUUUAGUGUAUUACAAACGAUAUGCCAAACAAGAGGGUUUUGGUGUUAUUAUAAGAAGGACGAAGAGAGAUAUAGAUGGGAGUCCAAAGUAUGUGACGAUAUCGUGUGCACGUGGCGGAAAGUACUAUCCUAGUGUCGAUCGCAAUUUAUCAAAGCCACGGCCGACGACAAAAACGGAUUGUAAGGCGAAGGUUAAUGCUCGCCUUGUGAAUGGGGAAUGGGUGUUGACCAGUGUCGAUCUAGUUCACAAUCAUAGUACUGUUAGCCCUAAGAAAUCCCGAUUUUUUAGAUCUCACAAAAAUUUAGAUGAAUACAGUCAGAGGAUGCUCGACUUGAAUGAUAGAGCAGGUAUUCAGAUGCAUAAAAAUUUCAAUGCACUUGUGACUGAAGCCGGGGGGUAUGAGAACUUGAAUUUCCAAGAGAAAGAUUGUAGAAAUUUUAUUGACAGAGCUAGAGUUUUGAGAAUGGGUAAAGGAGGUGGGGAGGCACUGAACGAAUAUUUUAAGAGAAUGAGAAAAAUGAAUGAUGGCUUUGUGUCUGUCAUGGAUGUGGAUGAUGAGUUUAGAGUUAGGAAUGUAUUUUGGGCUGAUGCAAGAAGUCGAGCGGCAUAUGAGUAUUUUGGGGAUGUGAUCACGUUUGAUACGACGUACCUCACAAAUAGGUACGGAAUGCCCUUUGCUCCCUUUGUCGGUGUCAAUCAUCACGGACAGUCCAUACUUUUAGGGGCAGGCUUGAUUUCUAGUGAGGAUACAAAGACUUUCGUCUGGUUGUUUGAAGCAUGGCUAGAAUGCAUGAAUGGACGGGCACCCCAAGCAAUCAUAACAGACCAAGACAGGGCAAUGAAGAAUGCCAUAGGAAUAGUAUUCCCGAACACUAGGCAUAGAUAUUGUCUCUGGCAUAUAAUGCGGAAACUGCCAGAAAAAUUGGCAUCCCACGCAGACUACAACGGGUUGAAGACUGCCAUUCAGAAUGCAGUCUAUGAUACACAGAGUUGCCAAGAAUUUGAGGAGAAAUGGGGCCAGCUAAUGCAUGACUAUGAUCUAACUGAUAAUGCAUGGUUGCAAGGGUUGUACACUGAGAGAUCAUUUUGGGUACCAGUUUAUUUGAAAGGUGUAUUCUGGGCUGGCAUGAGCACUACCCAACGUUCUGAAAGCAUGAACGCCUUCUUCGACGGCUUUGUGCAUUCCGAUACGACCUUAAAAGAAUUUGUCGAUCAGUUCGACAAUGCUUUGAGGAAGAAGGUGGAGACGGAGACCACAGCUGAUUUCCAGUCCUGUAACCAAACGAUUCCAUGUGUUUCACCAUUCAAAAUUGAGAAGCAGUUUCAGACAUGUUACACGAAUGCAAAAUUUAAAGAGGUCCAGGCUCAGGUUAUGGGGAUGCUUUUAUGUAACCCUUCAGUUGUCAGCACACAAGGUAGCAUUUCUACCUUUGAUGUUUUUGAAGAGAUUUCCACCCCCGAUGGACAAUCAAAAAUUUUGUAGUAUCUAGUUUACUUGAAUGAAGAGGAAUUCGAAGUGAAAUGCACUUGUGCCCUGUUUGAGAUGAGGGGGAUUAUUUGUAGGCAUGCAUUUAAAGUAUGUCAGAUGAAGUACAUUCAUACUUUGCCAAAGAAAUAUGUGUUGGACCGAUGGCGGAAGGAUACAAAGAGAAGAUACACACUGGUUAAGAGUAGCUACGAUGAUUGUCGGGUCAAUGCGGAUGCACGUCGGUAUGAGCUUGUUAUUCAAAGAUGUACAAGAUUUGCGAGCCGUGUUUCUCGGAAUGAUGAGCAUGUGAAUGCAUUCUUCCAGUUUUUGGAUGAGUUUGAGCAAAAGUUGGUAGGUGUAGAGCCUGUCACCUAUUCAACAAAGGUGACAGAGAAUG